UGUUCCGCAGGAGCCCGGCAGCGUCACCGUUUCGUGCGCCGAGUUGACGCGCGCCACAGCCGGCACGGACACCCCGGCGACUGCCCGCAGCGGCAGCCGCUCAGUGGCCCGUCGGCUCACUCCCAGCUGCCGGAGACUGCCACCAGCGCUGCCACCGCAACUUCGACCGGUCUCCUUGUCUCCGAUGCCGACAGCACUGUCCGGGCUGCCCCAGACCUGUCCCACCCCGGCAGCAGCCACUUAGAGGGCAGCGUCCCGGUGUCGGACGCGACAGUGCCGACAGACUGUGCCGCUACUCCGAACUCUCCAUCCGGUGGCACCGGCAACGGCCGCGUCGACGGUGCCGGCAGCGACAGGAGGGCAAGCACCGUGGGCGGUCCUGCCAGUGGAGCGGGCCAGAAGCGGUCCUCUGACGACACUGGCUCGGCGAGUAUCGCCCGCAGCAAGCCACCGUUCCAAUACGAGGAGCUAAUUGCUAUGGCCAUACUGAAAUCGCCGCACAGGAGAGCGACACUGUCAGAGAUCAAGGCCUACAUCGCGAGCCGCUUCCCUUACUUCGAGCGCAGUGAGAAGAAGUGGCAGAAAUCGGUGCACUGCAAACUGUUCUUCAGCGACUUCUUCGUCAAAGUGCCGCUGGCGGUCAGGUACCGCAGGGGCAGACAGUGCAACCUCUGGAUGCUCGACCCACGAUACGAGAACAUGUUCAGGAAUGGCAACUUACAGCUAUUCCGGCACGUGAAACAGCCCUCCUCCCGGAGUCGGGGUAUCAGGGGCAAAUGUGGACGCGUUGGAGUUCGUGCCGUGCCAUCCUGUGUGCCCCCACACUCUGCCAGAUGUGAGCACAGCACCGAUCCGGCCACCCACCACUCGUCCCGAUCUCGCGACGGCCGCUGCGAGGACGACUCUCCGACGCCGGACACGGCGACAACUCUGGGCGACGCUGCCGCUUCGACCUCCUCCGGCAGUGGCACUGAUAUCGACAGUGGGGGAACCGCCAUGGGAAAGGCUGCCGAUGGGGCGGGCGAGGAGCGGCACCCCAGUGUUGCCGGCUCAGCCGGCACUGCUGAAAAGAAGCCGCCGUUCUCGUACACGGAGCUCAGUGCUAUGGCCAUAGCAGACUCGCCACACAGGAGGGCGAAGCUGUCGGAGAUCUUCGCCUACGUCACGAGCCGUUUUCCCUACUACGAGCUCGGCAAGGAGGUCUGGCAGAGAGCGUUGAGUGUCAACCUGUCGCGCAGCAAGUGCUUCGUCAACGUGUGGCACGGGAGCAGCACCUACUGGAUGCUCAAUCGGCGGUACGAGGACAUAAUGGAGAUGGGCAGAUUACGCCGCCAACACGUGAAGCGGGCGUUCUUCGGGGGCCCGACGGCUGCGGUCGGCGCACGCCGAGUGCCGACUCGCCACAGUCUGCGGAAGCGUCGCAACUGGCGGCGCCACACCGGCCUGUCGGAGGAGCAGUCGCGGCUGCCGGAGUCCGGAGCUGGCGGCAGCGGAGCCGGUGCCGCAGUCAGUGGCACUGAGCCUCCCCCCACAUCUCCGCACUGCACCAGGUCUACGCGACUUUCUGAGGGGAAUGACAGUGCUUCAUUUGAAGAAAGUAAUCUUCAAAAUGUGACCCACGAUGAGUCGAUGAUGGCUCAAGAGAGGUUGACACACUUUGCCAGUUGUCGUGUUAUGACACAAGGAAUUACCACAGAAGAGGAUAAUUCCUUCUGCAGUACAAAUAAUUCUGAGGCACUUGCCGGUGGUCCACUUACCGUCAGUGACCCGCAGAGUAUUAAGAAAGAGGUUUUUGAAGAUCCAUUAGCAGUGUCAACGUUCAGUAGGUGUAUUAAAGAGGAUCCAGACUUACAUUUUGAGGUGGAUGCAACUGACAAUGAAGAGGAAGCCACAAGAGGACAUGCUUCAGAUGUUACAUGUGCCGCUACCCUGACGUCAACCGGCCUGUCGGUGAACGACAUCGGCGGCAACGGUCCGGCUGCCCCCGACACGUCCCUGUGCAGUAACGCCCACGGCAAGGACGACGUCGCACUGCGGGACGUGACGGUAUUGACGGACGGUGCCGGUACUCCGACUUUCACAUUCUCUGGCACUGCUACGAGUAGUGACGGUGGCACCGACACCUGUGUGGGGAGAAGCGCCGGGCGCAGUGCUGCUGGUGGGGCGCACGAGGAGCGCCGCCUCUGUGACGCCAGCUCUGUCGGUCCAGCUGACAGUAAGCUGCAGUUCUCCUACAAGGAUACCAUUGCCGCUGCCAUAGCGCAGUCACCGCACAGGAGAUUGACGGUGCCGGAAAUCUACGCCUACAUCACGAGUCACUUCCCCAACUUCAGAGGCAAGAAGAAGAUCUGGCAGAACUCGGUACGCUGGUGCCUGUGGUACCACAAGUGCUUCGUCAAAGUGCCGCUGGAGGGUGGUGACGACAAGGCCAGAUGCUGCAACUACUGGACACUCGACCCGCAGUACACAGAAGUGUCGGAGAACAUCAAUGUUCGCCACCAGCGCGAGGAGUGGCCGUUCCGCAGGACCCCGGCGGCGUCGGUGACCACCCACCGAGAUCGCACGCACCGCAGCCUGCACCAGCACCUGCAGCGACGUCACACUGGCCUGUCGGAGCAUCCGCAGCUGCCGAAUACUGCCACCGGCACCGCCACCCCGUCAGUGAGCCUACCGGUCUCCGACAUCGGUGGCACUUGCGAGGCCGCCUCGAACUCGUCCCGACCCGGUGACGGUCGCUGCGAGGACGACACUCCCGCGUCGGACGUAACGGCGUCUCCUGGCGGCACCACUACUCCGACUCCCGUCUCCGGCGGCGACGGCGGCGGGUACGGCGACGGCACGGAUAGCACCGGCAGGGGAACCGCCGUGGGCAGUGCUGCCGGUGGGGCGAGGGAGGAUCGGCACUCUGGUGAUGCUGGCUCAGCCUGGGCUGCCAGAAAGAGGCCGCCCCACUCCUACACAGAGCUCAGCGCUAUGGCCAUAGCGCACUCGCCGAACAGGAGGGCCAAACUGUCAGAGAUCCACACCUACAUCAUGAACCACUUCCCCUACUUCACACGCAGGAAGAAGAUCUGGCAGAAAGCGUUGAGCACCAUCCUGUCUCACAAGAAGUGUUUCGUCAAUGUGCCACAGAAGGGCGGCAACUACUGGAUGCUCGACCCGCAGUACGAGGAAAUGUUGGAGAAAGGCAAAUUCCGCCGACGGGGCAAGAAGCGGCCGUUCCGCAAGGGCCCGGGAGUCUCGGUAGCCGCUCACCGAGUGCCCACGCGCCACAGCCAGCGCCUACACGGCAGCCGCCAGCCGCACCGGCAGGAACUCCGCCCCGGCCUCGCGGGACACCCGCAGUUGCCGGAUACCGCCGUUGGGUCACUGGUCGGGCUCUCAGAGCUCCGGGCCGCUGCCGACACCCCCGCUGCAGGUGGAAAAGGCGGCGACGGGGGUGGUGCUGUCGUAGGCAGCGCUAUACCACUCCCCGCCUAUCUGCACUGCGACAGGUACCAGAACGAGUCUACACAAAUUUCUGAUGGGAAUGACAGUACUUCACUCAAAGAAAGUAAUCUUCAAAAUGGUACCCGUGAUGAGAUUGUGAUGGAGCAAGAGACAUCAACACACUUCAUCAGUUGUAGUGUUCUAACACAAGACGUUAUAUCUCAAGAGGAUAAUUCCUUCUGCAGUUCAGAAAAUGUACAGACCGAUGCAUUUGCUGAUGAUCCACUUACCAUUUGUGACACACGGAGCAUUAAGAGAGAGGUUUUCGAGGAUCCAUUAGAAGUUAUAGGAUUUGGUGGCUGUAUCAAAGAGGAUCCAGACUUACGUUUCGGAGAGGAUGCAACUGACAAUCGAGAGACAGCCACAAGAGGACACGCUUCAGAUAUUACACGUACCGCCGGCUCGACCCCGACCGGCCCGACCCCGACCGGCCCGUCGAAGUCAGAGGUCGGCGGCACCGGCCAGGCUGCCGCAGACUCGUCCCACCUCGGCGGCAGCCACUGUGAGCACGACACCGCAGUGUCAGACGUGACGGUGUCGACGGGCGACGCCGGCACUCUGACCUCCGCGUCCUGUGGCAUUUCGGACAGCGGGAGAACUGGCACGGGCAGAGCUGCCCGCGAGGGAGGCGAGAAGCGGUACCUCCGUGGCACUGACUCUGGCAGUCCUGCCACCACUAAGCCACAGCUCACCCACAAGGCACUCAUUGCUAGUGCCAUAACACAGUCACCGUACAGGAAAUUGACGCUGUCGGAGAUCUACGAUAACAUUGCGAGCCGCUUCCCCUACUUCAGACGCAACAGGAAGAUCUGGCUGCACGCGAUAAGCUGCUGCCUGUGGUAUAACAAGUGCUUCGUCAAAGUACCGCAGGAGGCCGGCGAUGACAAGGCGAAAUGCUGCAACUACUGGACACUUGACCCACAAUACGAGGACGUGUUCGAGAACAGCAACUUCCAGCGACAACAGCACACGAAGCGGCCUUUCUCCUGGAGCCGGGGUGUCAGGAGCAGAGCCGGAGUUCGCGGAGUUCACGCUGUGCCGUCCUCCGCCUACUUGCAGUCUACCAGACACGAGCGCAGUACCGGCCGAGCUAGCCGCGAUCCGUCCCGACCCGGCACCGGCAGCUGUGAGGACGACGUCCUGACGUCGGACACGACCUCGUCCGCGGUUGGUGUCCGUACUCUGGCCGUCACAUUUGGCGGUACCGCCGACACUGUCGCCAGGGGUACUGUCGCCGACAGCGGGACGGCCGCGGGGAACGGUGCUGCCGGUGCGGCAGGAGACACUGGCUCUCCCUGUACUGCCGAUGUGAAGCCGCCGUUCAGCUACACGGAGCUGAAUGCUAUGGCCAUAAUGCAUUCUCCACACAGGAGGGCGACGCUGUCCGAAAUUUACACCUACGUCACGAGCCGCUUCCCCUACUGUAAGCGCAACAAGAAGUUCUGGCAGAGAGCGCUGAGCAACAACCUGUGUCGUAACGAGUGCUUCGUCUACGCCCCACAGGAGGGUGCCGAGCAGAAGGGCAGCUGCUGGAAGCUCGACCCGCAAUACGAAGACGCGUUCGAGAACGGCAAGUUCCGCCACUGGCAGCAGCGGCACUGUGCCGGCCUGUCGGUACAGAGUGGAGCCAUCGGGAGCGGAGUAGUCGGCAUCGGAAGCGGCGGCGUUCCGCACCCCGGCUACACGCAGUGUGCCAGCAGUCCGGCGGAGGACGACCGUGGCACCGACAGACGUAGCGGCCAUCCAGAGAGAGACGGCCCGGACGCACGAGACGACGACGACUCGUCGCGGCGCACUGCCGCUGUCGAGUGGGAAGUGUCCGGCGGAAACGACGGCGGUGCGGUGCGGCCAGCGCUCGACUGCGAGGAGGCUUUCGCACGGGGGCAGAAUCCGGAGCGGCGUGGGCACGGCGGCUGCGGUCACGCGUCAGUUUCUCGCAGUGCGUGCCACAGAGAGUUCGAGAGGCGAGGCAUCUCGAAUCGGCACGUGCGUCUGCACGCGGGUGAACGCCCUUACGACUGUCACGUGUGUCACAAGACGUUCGUGAGGAGUAGCAACCUGAGGGAGCACUUGCUGCUGCACACGGGUCAGAGGCCCUACAGGUGUAGCUUCUGCCUGAAGGCGUUCACUGCGAGUUCCAAACUGAGGAAGCACUUACGGGUGCACGCAAACUGUGCGACAUCAGCCAUAAGAGGUUCGGGAGGAGACACGAGUGAAGUACGCGUGGAAUGUCAGGACCGGGAUGUGUCAUCACCCAAGGAAUAGGAGGAGUCGAUCAUUUUGUGGUGCGUCUUUGCCGAUAUGAUACACGGACUAAUACACCCGCAUUACCGGCAUAACAAUAAAGCUCACUUCGUGAGAAAUUGUGGAUUAAUUGUGACAUCGUAGGAUAGGACUGGAGUGUGUAAUGUGAUGGUUUCGGGCCUAAACAAAUUUUACUGGGUUAUAAUCGUCAAAGCUGCGCACUUUUUAGCUACACCAGUGGAGCUGCUAAUGUAGUGAUUAAAAUAUUUGCAGAGUGGCAUUCAGUACUGUGUUUGAUAACGUAUCUCAGUCGUGAAAUCAUUUUCAGUCCUUCACGACUUAGUUAACCACCAAAUACGCAAAUAAAACAUUUCUGUUUCA